GUGCAACAGAGUGCAUAUACAAUGGAACGGAAGCCGGUGAACAGUUUCAUAGUUCCUGAUUGUUUCAUCAACAAUUGAACCGUUAUUCAUCAACUUGUACUUAAUAAAUACAAUUAAUUUGAUGAAAAAACGAUGAAGGUCAACCCGAAGCUGUUCACCGCCGAGAAUUCUCCACUCAAGAUGUAUCUCGAUGGAUUCGAUGUCCUGGGUUUCUUGCAGACAGCAGCUGUAAUUCACGAGUAUGGAGGUCAAGUUACGAUACCCGAUGACGAGACUGUUGUGUUGUCAACCCCAAAUCUAGUCCCUGGGACCGAUUUUCUGAGGUUCCACGUUGAUUGGCUCCAUGAGAGUAUCGGGAGGAAUGAGCUUCAAGACAUUGGAAAAUACCUAAUUCCAUCAGUUAAAAAAAGUUUCUUCAAUACUCCUCCUUACGAUGCAUCACCAAAAGUCCUAAGCAGCAGAAGGAACAGUGUGAAGACUCCAUAUUUACUACUUGAGGCAGAGAAACCUCCUCUCGAUGCACCCCUUGACAUGCUGUGCAGCAAAAUGAAUAGUGCAAUUCUUGCUUAUUUCCCAUGUGAUUCAAGGAAGAUAUCUCAGGUUGAAAAUAACUUUUCUCUAAACAACCAGGGGAAAAGAGUUGAGUCAGAGGAGAUCCUGAACAUGGCUUUCAUUAAUACGAGCCCUGCCAAUAUUGCAGAAAAUAAAAAACGUCGUGCAAGCACAGGCCAGAAGGGGUUCACCAAGCCGCUGAAGCCAGUGAAUAACACGGACAUAUCAUUGACCACAAUCAACAAAACCUGGUCCAGUGCUGACGACGAGAAGCUUCUGAAGUGGCUCGUUAACGAGAACUUACUUUCUAAAACCACGAACAGUACAGUCUGGGAACAAAUGGCAAAAGCCAAUAUUUUUGCACCUUCACGGACUGCGGUUGAUCUAGAAUUUUAUUUCAAACGCCGAGUACUCCCUAAUUUCAGAAAAUACUCUGACGAUCCGGAGGUUCUGAGACAACUAGAGGAACUUCAGAUAAAGAAACGCAGGAGGAGUUGAGGGAAUAUCCAGAUUUCGUUGAUAUCUUCUCCAGUAUCUCUUCUUUUCUAGUGCAUCGAGUGUACUCACACAAAUCGAUUUUCUAUAUUUUUACUCACAAUUCAGUUUUCAUUACAUAACUAGUUCGUAAAACAAUGUAAGAAAUUGAUAACAAGUUGAAAAUAAGGAAAUUGAAUCAAAAAUUCUAACAAACGUAUCUAGAAUUUCAAUUUGACAUUCGCUCUCUUAAACAACCAAUUUUGAGGGAAAAUAAUCUUUGUG